AUGGAAGAUCUCCUUGAUAUCUGUGUUGAACGCUAAUUUCAUGAUGUCAAUUACAUUAUCAACAUUAAUGCAAAUGUUGAGACUCUAAAUAUUGAAAUUGAAUCGAAACAAUCUGGUGACUCUUGGAUUGCCAAUUUCUAAGCUCAAUAUAUUGAAGAUAUUGCAUCAAAAACUGGAAAUUAUAAGAAAUAUGCCACGUUCAUAAAGAUGCUCUAGUCAGCGUUGAAUAAUUAAACUGAGACCGUGUAUAUCGACAUCCUGACCUAUUAAGAUUUGGAGCAAAUAAAAAAUAAGAGGUCCAAUAAAUAACCAACUCAAAACCUAGCUCCUAAUAAUAAACGCUACCUUAUCCUUAGUUAUGUUGUAGAAUUUGAUAAAGUGCAUUAUCCUUUACCAUUAAAUUUUAAUGAAUAACCAAAUUUAUAAUAAAUGAAGAAUACGAUUAUUAGAUUAAGGAAAGAAAAUGAAUCAUUGCAUAAAAAUCUCUAAUUUUACAAGGAUUAAAAACGAAACGAAUCCAACCCUUCAAUUUUGUUGAAUGAAUAAAUAAGAGAAUUAGAAAUGUUAAGAAACAUCAUUGAUCAAAAGGAAAGUGAAAUUUUAGAAUUAAAAAAUAUGAAUCAUCAAUAUUCCAAUACAAUGAUAAAUAGAUAAGAAUACAAUGACCUAAGAUCAAAAUAUCUAUAAAGUGAAAAUACAAAUUCAGAAUUAUCAAAAAAAAUGAUCGAAUUUGAAGACUAUUUACAAUAAUUGAUAGAUGAAAAUGUAAUACUGAAGAACUAAGAUAAAAAGAAUAAAUAAAGAAUAAACUCAUUGGAAUCUGAAUUACAGUAAACUCUAAAUAAAUCAAAGUCCAAAUAUAAUUCGAAUCUUUCUCGAUCUCCGUCUGUUUCAAAAUCUAACAAUAAAUAAAAAAACUAACUCAACACCAGUAAUAUACCUUCCAAAAGAAAAAGCAUUGAGAAAACAACUCCAAUUAGAUUGCGAAAAGAUAGUUUGGAUAGUGAUACAGAGUCUUCUUACAGAAGAAAAUCCAAUUCUAAAAGAACUGAAUAAAGUCCCUCAGCAAGAUCAAGUUCAUCAAAAAAAAAGUCAUUCUAACCUAAACAAUCCAAUUCAAAACUACAAAAAAAUAAAAAUGUUAUUAAACCAUCAGAUUCGAAUAAGUUCGAGGAUUCAGAAGAAUAGCGUUUAAUUAAAAGAUUAAGAGAUUUAAGAGAAAAGAAUAAAGAGAAUACAAUCAUAACUACUCCUUAAAGCAAAAUCGAAGCUACGACUGAAGAUUUAUAGAGUAUAGAUGUAAGACUCAAUAAAUUAAAUACAUUACUGUAAUUAGCUAAAAAUUAAUGA